AUGGGCCAUGCAGCUGCUGCUGAACGACCCCAGAUGGCACAAGCAAAGGGGGCUGCCACUCUGGGUCAACCUGACCCAGGGUACAUCAUGCGGAUCGGAUUGGGUUUCAUGGGGUCCAGGGUGCUGCAAGUCGCAGUGGGCCUGGACCUAUUUACAGUGCUUGGUGACAGGUCCAUGACUGCACAGCAGAUGGGCCAGGCACUGGGGCUACACCCUCGAGGCCAAUACGAUUUUUUUGAUGCGCUUGUGGCGCUGAAGCUCCUUGAUCGAGAAGGAGAUGGCCCAGAGGGACGGUACAGGAACAUGCCGUCAACAGCGGUGUUCCUGGAUAGGAGGAGCCCGAUGUGCAUUGGUGGAAUGAUCAACAUGCUGAAUAACAGGGAGUACAAUAUCUGGGGAAAACUCUUGAGCGGGUUGAAGACUGGGAUGUCGCAGGGUGCCAAAGGUCAGUCGAUUUUCGACGAAUUGGAAUCCAGCGAAGCACAAAUGGAGUUCCUUGAGGCCAUGAAUGGCGUUCAAAAUGCCAAUUUCCAUACGCUCGCUCAAAAGUUCGACUUCCAGCGGUACAAGACAGUUUGCGACGUUGGCUGCGGAUUGGCACUGCUGGCCAUCAUUGUGGGCGGGCAUCACAAGCACCUAAGCUUCCAUGUACUCGACCUUCCUGCUGUGACUCCCCACACCCAGAGGCGCAUUGACGCUGCAGGCAUGGCGGAUCGGGCCACAGUGCAGGCAGGCGACUUUUUUGUCAGUCACCUCCCAAAUGUGGACAUCGUUUUCAUGGGAAAUGUCCUGCACGAUUGGGACCUAGAGAAGAAGAUGGUCCUAAUUAGGAAAGCCUACGAUGCACUUCCAGAAGGCGGUGCCUUUGUGGUUGUGGAAGACGUCAUUGAUAAUGGGAGAAGGAAGAAUGUGUUUGGCCUACUAAUGUCGCUCAACAUGUUGGUGGAAACAGGAGAUGGUUUCAAUUUCACAAUGGCAGAUUUUCAGCGGUGGUGUUGCGACGUUGGGUUUGGGCGUUUUGAUGCAAUACCACUGGUAGGGUCUUCCACAGCCUUGGUUGCUUACAAAUAG